AUGUCGUACUCCUGGUCGCGCGUUUCGCGACCUUGGCAGGGUACCGGGUCGUGCAGUGGAGGAGGAGAGGAUGCGCGCAACCUCCUUCGAUGGACUUUGCCCAUUAAUAUUAUCAAGAACUCGACGGCGCAUGGGCCGUUCUCACUGCACAUGCCCCACGCCGUCUCAAUACCCUCGCCAGGGCUUCAGGCCUUGGUGCUUUGCGGUCCUGGAUCCUCUUUUCCAACUUUCACAUCGAAUCCAGAUGAGAAUCCGAAGGCUCUUCUUCCCAUUGCGAACCGGCCCAUGGCAUCACGGGUGAGAGAGACAUUGGAGUCGCAAGUUGCCAAGUUUGCCAAGUUUGAGACUCUAACCUCUCUACGCUCAGAUAUCACGCUCAUUUGUCCAGCAUCAGCGAGGAAAGCCAUUGAGCAGGCAGUCAAUACGAACCCGUAUUUGACUUCUCUACCUCUUCCCAGACCUACCAUCCUCGCGCCAGAUGACCUCGACCAGAACACGGGAACCGCCGAGAUCCUGCGGCUGCCGGUAGUUCGCGAGCUGGUCAAGUCCGAUUUUAUCGUCCUCCCCUGCGACUUGGUCUGUGAGAUCCCCGGCGACAAACUGCUACAGACAUGGAUGGUCAACGCCGCGAGCUUGUCGACCAUUCUUGGAGCAACAGCCUCCUCCUCCGGGGCCGAGCAUCAAGCCAGCGGAGGCCUGGGGGUUUGGUAUGAGACGAAGACGGCAUUGGCCGUGAAGAAAGAGGAGACCGACUUCAUCGCCACUACACCUCUCCCUACUUCGUCUGCGAAUGCGCGGCCUAAAGACCCGCUGACGCCACAUCUCUCCAACCUCGUCUAUUCUACGCCCAAGGACUCUCUGAAAGACCUUACCGAGGAGAAGAGCGGCCUGCCCCUUAGGCAUGGGCUCAUAAGGAGACACCCGCGCAUUCGUAUGCUCACCACGUAUCGGGAUGCCCACCUGUACAUCUUCCCGCGAUGGAUCCUAGAUUUCGUUCAGCAAAACGAGCCGUUGGAGAAUAUCACCGAAGACGUCAUCGGGUGGUGGGCCAAAGCGGGCUGGCAGGUCGGCCUGGCGGACAAACUGGGCCUGCGGGCGAUCCUGGGUGAAGAGGAGAAAAAAUGCGACGGCAGUUCGAGCCACGAGCGCACGCCGUCCCCGCAACCACAGCAGCCGGAACCACCUCUCCCGCCUCGCGUCCCGGGCGAGAGGCGGGCUUCGAUAGCGGGCAGCACUAGAGAUGCCGACGCCCAAGCCGAGGCCGACGACCUGGCCGUACCGCCGAUUCUCGCCUACCUCCAUCCCUCGGACGAGUCCGCCCCCUUGGUUCGUCGGGCGGACACGGCCCAGCUGCUGCUCAACGUGUCUCUUCGCCUGGCCAAGCUGCCGUCCGUGGAGGAAGGCGGCGCGGCGGCGUCGCCUUUUGCGCAUAACAAGAAGGUCUCCUAUCCCGAAGGCGUCAAGUCCCGGACCACGAUUACCAAGCAGGAUAGCCUCGUGGGCGACAACGUCACUGUGGAGGAGAAGGUGGCCAUCAAGGAAUCGGUCAUUGGCGCCAAUUGCCAGAUCAGCGAAGGGGCCAAGAUCUCCCAGUGUCUCCUCAUGGACGGCGUUGUCGUGGGGAAGAACUGCAAGCUCACUAGGUGCAUCUUGGGCAAGAGGUGCGUGAUUGGCGACGGGUCUGUCUUGACCAACUGCGAGGUGCAGGAGAACUUGCUCGUCGAGCCGAGAACCGAGGAUAAGGAUACCAAGCUCAUGAGCUCCGAGGGGUUAGAAGCGACUGAGGAGGAGAUGCAAGAGGUGUUACAGGACAUGGAUGACGAGGUCCAGGCCACCAAUGAGCUCGCCAUGCUGUAA